AUGGGGUCCAAAAACCGUGAGAUAAGUCGUUACGAGGUUACAGCAGUCUAUACACACCCGGAAGCCAAGGCCGACAUCGUUCUUGUUCACGGACUCAACGGGGAGCCAGACAUGACAUGGACGAAGGAUGGGACGUUCUGGCCGCUGGAUCUGCUACCGACUGCACUCAGGGGCACACACGCAAACAUUCUGGUCUACGGAUAUAACGCAGACGUCUACUCCAAAGGGUACGAUCGAACAACCAGUAAUCACUUUAUAAACCAGCACGCUGAAGAUCUCGUCACGAACCUCACGCUUCACCGAAGAAGUCAAGAGACAUCCAAGAACCCUAUCAUAUGGGUAUGUCACUCACUAGGAGGCAUUCUCGUAAAGAGAGCUCUACUCUACUCCCAUGAUGUGCGUGGAACUCACCUGGAAGACCUCGGGUCAAUCUACGUAUCAACCUUUGGACUAAUAUUCUUGGGCACCCCGCAUGUAGGAUCGGAUACAGCAGCCUGGGGUGUAAUGAUUCAAGCUAUGGCAAAUGCGUUGAUUCCGAAGAGGUUCUUCGACUCAGAGCCGGUGCUCUUGAAGACGCUCAGGAAAGACAACGAGACUCUCGUCAAUAUCAGCAGUCAUUUCUUGGAUAUCUACCAGCGUUUUGAGAUUCACAUGGUUCGCGAGAAUCAGAAAACGGAUAUAAAAGGCAAAAGGUUCUUCGUCGUGGAUGCAAACUCAGCUGCACCUCCAUUGCCAGGUGUCACCUACUACGGUAUAGAAGCCAAUCAUGCUGAUAUGUGUAAGUACGAUAGUGUACACUCACCGGGGUUCCGUAAUAUCGCCAUUACGUUACGGGAGUGGAUUGAGAAGGCACCUUUGUUAAUCCAACGGCGAUGGUGUAUCGAGGAAGAGGAGGGUCGGAAUCGGGCUAUCGCAAGAGUGAACGAAAUCAUGAGGAGACAACCGAGUCAGCGCAGUUCACGAGUAUCGCAUGAAGAGAAUGAACCCCAAUUUGCGGGACGAACGUCACACUUCAUUGAAGACAUGCCAAUACAAGAAUACAGAUGCAGCAGUCUUUCUCAUAUGAUACAGCAUGUUAGAAACAUGAGUAAAGAGCGUACCGAAGAGAAUCCUUUCCCAGGGGCCUCCUACGUCCCAUCUAUGGAUAUCGCCAAUACAAACUGUCUCUACCAAUAUUGUGGACUAAUUCAUAGGUCAAGACACUCUGAAGCAUCUCUAAACACGGGUCCCGGCUAUUGGGCGCCAGAUCUGCCCAUUAACACAAACUCAGCUAGUUGCCUUUGCCCUUUACCUGGAUAUCCUCACCGAUGUACUCUUAUCACUGAGGGUACAGAAAUGAUAAGAUCUAGAUCCGAGGGGAUCCAGUUUAACGGAAACGUCGGGUUUGGGCAAUCGGAACAUAGGAGCCCCCAGACUGUGCAUCCCUCCGAAAUCGAGUCACCGCCUCCCGAGAAUCAAGAUACCAGGCAGGAGGGGAUGAAAAGUCAGCCUCCUGAUUACAGCCAGUCUUGA